GCGUCACGAUUCGGCAGCUGCUUAACGUCAAGCCUCAUUCGACUGACGAAGCCGCGGGCAACACCAACAGACUCACGCCAGAGUUCCAAGUCUUGUACAGGAUCUUGGUCGAGGCAGUUCAGCACUCGCCGUCCCCGCCCAAGGGACAGGGCGACUGAGGAUCAUCGCGCAUCCUCGCCAGUCUGCCCGCCCUGGCCAGGCCUCACGCGAUUGCAGCAUGACCAUUGAGGCCACUAUUGCUGGUCAACAAAAUGUCCCAUUCGACCUCGCAGCCUCAGCCGUCAUGCCUCGUUCCGACUUGGGAGCCGGAGGGGCCCAGAAAGACCGCCGUCAGCACGACGCGCCAAGCGGCACGGCUUCCGAACCCUUCGUCAAGAGAUACCGAACCGAGAUAGCUGCUAGCACGUCGAGCGUGUUUUCGACGCUCGCUGCGUUCCCGCUGGACAGCGUGAAGACCCGAAUGCAAACAUACCAGUACCGGGGUUUCCUGGAUUGCGUACGACACACCUACAAUACGGAGAAACUUGGUGGAUUCUUUCGAGGCGUGGCAGCCCCAAUGGCUAGCGUUACUCUUGUCCGGACCGUCUCCUUCUCUUUGUACCAGCGUGCAAAACAUUCAUAUGCCGCUUGGGUGAAAAGGAAUUUGAACUACGAUAUUCUACGCCACGUCAACAAGCCUGGCACGUAUCCGAACCUCUACUCGAUUGGGUGCUUUGGUGCUGCCGGCGCAACAGCUGGAUCGGCCAUCACAUUUUUAGCCUGCCCUUUCGAGUUGACAAAGUUAAGUGCUCAGGUCUCCGUCCUCUUGGCGGAUCGAGCCGGCACAUGCCCGCGAAGCCGGGCGGUUGCCGCUAGUUAUCAGAACAAGGGCACAUUUCGGACCAUGCGCAACAUAAUGAAGCACCGUGGACCAUGGGGGCUGUACACGGGCUUCAGGCUUCAUCUCUUACGUGAUACUCUGGGAACGUCCAUCUAUUUCAUGGUCUAUGAAAGUUCCAAACAGCUCAUCACAACAUUCGGGGGAAACGAUCCCAACACGAACCGUGUGGCAGUUGUGGCAGCGGGCGGCCUAUGUGGGCUCGUAUCAUGGGCCAUGAUCUACCCCAUUGACUCCGCAAAAAGCAUCUACCAACGCAACGCCCUCUUGUAUUCGAAAGGCGAGAAGGUACCGGCACCGAAGAUCGAAUUCUUCAAAGGUCACAUGUAUCGCGGCCUGGGGGUAUCCAUGAGCCGCUCCUGUGUCGUCAAUGCCAUCUUCUUCUCGUCAUUCGAGUUUAUCAAGAAGCACAUCAAGACAAUGGAUAACGAUACCGCCUCAUGAAAGCGCCCCAGACUGCCAGGGGUAGCUCUGAUGGACUGUUAUUCCCCUUACCUGUAUCUAGGAACAAUCCUCAACCAGGGGGGACAUGACACUCUGGCAAUUGUGUUUAAUGGCGUUUAUUUGGCCGGACGGGAUACCCAGGGGCAUGGUUUGGCAAAUGCACUCUGAAGGUUUAGGGAUUGGUCAGGGCGCGGAUCUUACUUUUGCAUCAAUCAACGAACACGCACAUCACAUUUCUGUUUUUUGUGGCGAAUCAAAUCAUUUCGUGUUCAUCGUGCUAGAGCGACCAAAAAAGGG